UUGAUCUAUUCAAAGGAAAACAAGCCCAAUAUACGGCCCAUUUCUCUAUAUUUCUUUACACAUGAUGCAGGUUGAUCUUGUCACACGUUUUUGUCCAAAUAUACUUUGAAUAAAUCAUUUCCCAUUUGUCACCAAUCAUAUACUAUAUAUACACACACCUCAAAUUAUCUAAAUAUCAUCUUUCAUUUCUUUAAUUUACUACAAAAACAUAAAUUUUCCUGUCUUAGCAUUUUUUUCCUUCCAAAAUACUUUGUUUUAUUCAUUAGCUAACAUAUAUUAACAAGCAAACAUGCAAAAAUACAUUGGUUUUAGCUUUGUUUUACUUCUUGCUAUGUCAACGGUUUGUUUGGCAUCCAAUCUUCAGGUUGGUUUCUAUCAGCAAACUUGUCCUUCAGCUGAAUCUACAGUCAGGAAUGUCGUAAACAAAGUUGUUUCGCAAAAUCCGAGAUUAGGAGCAGCCCUUAUUCGAAUGCAUUUCCAUGAUUGCUUUGUUAGGGGAUGUGAUGCAUCGAUCCUACUAGACUCAAUACCGGGGAACCAAGCAGAGAAGGAGCAUCCAGCAAACAACCCAAGUCUACAAGGGUAUGAAGUCAUCGAUGAGGCUAAGGCAGAGCUCGAAGCCAAAUGCCCAAACACGGUCUCUUGUGCAGACAUCAUAGCCUUUGCAGCUCGAGACAGUGCUUUAAAAUUAGGAAGAAUAAACUAUGUUGUACAAGCAGGCCGAAGAGAUGGACUAGUCUCAAACAUUAACGAUCCAACAGGAAACAUCCCUCGACCAACUUCCAACCUAGAACAACUACAAGAAAACUUUGCUAGGAAAACCCUUUCAUUAGAAGAAAUGGUCACCCUUUCUGGGGCUCACUCUAUUGGAGUCUCACAUUGUUCCGCGUUCAAUGAAACUCACCCUCAAUACCCUUCUUUGGACCCUAGACUAGCCAGUGUUUUAAGGGAAAGGUGCCCAAAUUCACCGGCUACUACUGAUCCAACUGUUCCUCUUGAUUUUGUUACACCAAACAGGUUAGAUAACAUUUACUACAAAAACUUGCAGACUAAAAGGGCUUUGUUGACCUCGGACCAAGCUCUUAUGACUUCACCAACCACGGUCCAAAUGGUGCGCGAUUUCAGCUGGCAGGGUAAAGUUUGGGCUAACAAGUUUGCUGAUGCCAUGGUUCAUAUGGGUUCAAUUGAGGUGCUCACUGGUGCUGAGGGACAAAUCAGAAGAAAUUGUAGGGUUGUUAACUAUUAGAAGUACAGAGCUACAUAACAAAUUAUGCUUACAAAAAUAUUUGUUUAUUUUUUCAUUUACAUUACAGAUUUGAUUUGUUAUUCAUUGUUUUUCAAUUGUUAAAAAGGCUAAUGUUAAUUCAAAGGAAAUUUUGAGUGAAUAAUAAAUUUUGCUGUACAAUGCACCAGGAUCAUACAUAUCCCAGCUAAGUUAGUUUAUAAAUAAUCACAAAUUAGUUUUUUUUUUUUUUUUUUUUUUUUUUUUUUUUUUUUUUUUGUUGCAAAAUUAAUUUUAAAACUUGAACUUGUCAUAUACUAUUUCGCUUUUUCCUAGUACCAUCAGCAAAAACUAGUUUAAAAUAUUAUUUUAUUUUUCUUAAAGUUGAAAAGUUAUUGUCAAACAGAGGCUACAUAUUUUAUCAAUAGACGAUAAAGUUUAUACUAAUACCACUAUGACAAAGUCACAAAAGGGCUGCUAGCUACUGGAGUAUAUGUUUCGUGUAGCAUAGAAGUAGCCAUAAUUGUCUUGCCGUUUGAAAGGUUCAACUUUCAACAUAUAAAUAAG